UUCCGAAACGAUAAAAACGUAAAGCCUAUGGACAUGGAGAAAGGCAGCUCGGGCAUAAAGCUAUAGGCCUACAAAUCAAGUGAGGUGACUGUACCUCAGUUUUCAUUCGGUUAUCAGGAUUUGGAACUAGAAUCCACAGAGAGCAAACAUGUGAGUCGUGACCGAAGCAAGCAAUGACAAUGUUAUAGCUUCGAUACUGACACUAUUCGGCAUGAAAAUAAACGGCAAUGUUUUUGACGUUGUUUCGCAGGGAUUAUGCUACUAUUCUCGGUUUUGAAAGGGAGAGAGCAGCGCGGCACUAGAGAAGCCGGAGGUUAAUCACGUUUUCAGCACCGAGACAGCUCCUUGUGGAAGAGGUCUAUAUUCGGCAGCAAGGAGUCCCUUCCGCGAUCGCGGGGGAAGCCCUCAACCCUCACUAGCAAUUUUGGAGCGGUGUAGCCAACAACACACACAACGCUCUGACCUUUCUUUCUCCACUCUCCAAUUAUGCUGGUUAUUUGGUGGUCAAUCAGGGACACUUAAUAUAAUCUUGCUGAACGACGAUGGUGCUUGCAUUUCGGCUCCAGUCUUUUCGUUUUACAAAGGAUUCUAAGCAGCAGCGGCAGGGGUGCUUGUCCAAUGUAAAAGUGCUAAGGAAGGCAGCAGCCUACACAUCGCCACGAGCUUGGAGCACGAGCCUCACUCGUGCUGAUCAUCACAGAGGGAGACAUUAUCACGAGCACGCGGCCAACGGGAGGCUCGAUUAGACUGUCAACAAUGUAAAUCAAGACAGGUUCAACAUGAGUCCAGCAGAGUAUAUCUGGUGUGGUGAUCUCAGAAGCUAAGAGAGAUAGCCUGACUGAGAACUGAGUGAAGAUCAUAGCCUCCUCCUCUUCCUCUCUCCAUCACCAUCCACCAACAUGGCUAACCCUCAUGACGUGGUGGAGCAGCAGGCUGGAGGCCUAUCAGACCUGGAGAUCAUCUCCCAGCCAGACCCAGUGGAGGAGCAUGGUGUGCAGGAGAUGGACCCUUCCUGCAUGGCUCCUGUCCAGCUGGUCAGCUUCGGCUACAGGGACCUUCCUCUGGCCCACCUGGACCUCUCCCUGGCCGGAUCACAGCUCCUCUCUAACCUGGAUGAGGACGACAACAGGGAAGGGUCUAACUGGUUGAAGCCGUGCUGUGGGCGGAGGGUAGCCCUGUGGCAGGUGUGUCUGCUCAGUGCAGGCUUCAACUGUUUCCUGGUGGCCCUGGUCAUCCUGGUGGUGGUCUUCUUGACCCUGGAACUCCUCAUAGACACCAAGCAUCUACAAUUUGCCAAUGCUAUUCAAUUUGCCAGCGUCAUCCAUUGGAUCAGCCUUGCCAUCCUUUCACUCUUCUUCACUGAGACUGUCUUCAGGAUUGUAGUCCUUGGGAUUUGGGACUACAUUGAGAACAAAGUAGAGGUGUUUGACGGGGCAGUCAUCGUAUUGUCCCUGGCCCCUAUGGUAGCCUCCACGGUAGCCAACGGCCCCAGCAGUCCCUGGGACGCCAUCAGCCUCAUCAUCACCCUGCGCAUCUGGAGGGUCAAGAGAAUCAUCGACGCCUAUGUGUUGCAGGUGAAGGUGGAGAUGGAGCUGGAGAUCCUGCAGUGUGAGAAGAUCAAGGCUGUCAGGGAGGAGCAGCUGGAACGACUCACACAGAUCUGCCAGGAGCAGGCAUUUGAGAUCAGACAGCUCCGGGCCCACCUGGCCCAGCAGGACUUGGACCUGGCUGCAGAGCAGGAGGCUGCUAUGCAGAUCCACCACGUGUGGGGCAAACAGAGGAGCAGCUACCAGGUGGUGGAGAGCCAGGGCCCUGGGGAGUCUGACGAUGAGGGACAUGGAGUCCUCAGGGAGACCCCAGCAGAUCCUGUUGUCCAUCAUGACGACAUGAACAACUAUAUCAGCCAGUACUAUAGUGAACAAAGUAGUGACAUGGGGGGUCUUCGUGUCAUCACCACGGCAGCCAUCGAUGUCCACCUCCCUAAGACCCAUUACCCCGCCCACAACAAUCCUCUGCUGGGCGUGGAGCAAAUGAGCAGCGCUGUGAGUGACACUUCCACCAGCGUAUCACGGUCCAGCAGCAGUCUGACUGCCCGCCCCCAUAGCCUGAGCAGCCACACCCUGCGCUCGUCUACUACGGACUGCAGCAGCAACGCCACGGCCAGGGACUACCACACUCAGGCUAGGAACUACAAUUCCCAUACCAAGGCCCGGGGGCCUUAUCUGGACUACAAGUCCCAGAAGCAGACCCAGGAAAGGGACUUUAACACCGAGCACUCCAACACCCAGGGCCAGCGCUGCUUCCUCCUGCCCUACUGCAGCCCUCUGGGCCUCGGUCUGACCUCAGCCCAGCCUCCCCUUCCACAGGACCCCAGCGUGGUAGUCCAGGAGCUGCUCUCGUCCCUAUCUGAAGACUCCUGUCUGGCCCAGAAAGGCCUGGUGGACCCAGUUAACCUGAAGCUUCCCAGUCCUGCCGGCUCAGCCAAGGCCAGCCCAGAGCUGGAGCACAGAAUCAACAUCUACAACUGGAAGAAUCAGGAGGAGAACCAGUACCAGAGCCGGGGCCAGAGACAGGGCCGAGCCGCAGCCACUGUGCUCCUACAGACUAAGCCUCUCAUCCACCUGCAGGGCGGAACUCCUGAGUCCUCUUUGGAGGAGAAGUAUAGGCUACUGGGCCCUGCUGAUGGUCCACUGGGCCGUCUGCCUGAUACAUAGGGUUGAUUCACACUACUGAGCUAAGCCAAGCCGAACUGAGCUGCAUUGUGCUGGCCUGGUUAUGCAUCCACCAUAGUUGUUUGAACCGUGCUGGAAAGGACAUGUGAAAAGAAUAUGUCAGAGCCAGUACUGGUUGGCUCGGGUCGGAACAACAGUGUGAAAAGGGCAAUAGUUCAUCCCAGAGGACAGAGCAUACAGCUCAAGACAGAACUGACUGACCUGGCUUCUCCAAAUCCUCAUGCUUCAAACAAAGUCAGAGCCUGGUCCAAGAUCAAACCUGGUGUUACAAAGACCAUCUGUUAGCAAGACAGCACAAACAGAUCUGGGGCUAGGCUACCGCUCUCAUGUUAGUCUUCCCUUCUCUGUGGGGCUCCGGACAGAGACAGACAGACAGAUCUGGGGCUAGGCUACCGCUCUCAUGUUAGUCUUCCCUUCUCUGUGGGGCUCCGGACAGAGACAGACAGACAGACACAACCCUCCUCGACCUCAAUCUUGGGGUGACUUAGAAUAAUUCACAUUUGCACAACAAUGACCCAAUGAGGACAGAGGGGACAUGUGUGGGCCUAGAAAGAACCAUCAUCAGGAAAUCCCACUUUAAAUGGGGCCCCAAAUGUGAAACAAAACAGUUUGAAAUAAAACCAGCAAUGGGCCAUAUUCAAGCCUUUACAGAACAAGCCUAUUCAAGUGUUCCUAUGUUAACUACAAGACAGAUUUGACAUGGGAUUUCUCUAAGUUGGGUGGGAGUGGGAGUGGGAGUGGGUGGUGUUUUUGCUUUUUAUUUGAAUUAGCUACUGUAAGUGUGCAGUUCUCUCUGCUCUAACAACCAAGCCACAGGGUGCUUUCUCUGGACAAACUGUCUGUGCCAAAUAAACAGACACUUUCUUACUAUACUUUUGUCUUUCUAUAACAGAGAUAAAGAGGUUUGUAUUGAAGUAGAGGAACAUCAACCAUAUCAAGCCUGGCAUUUUCUAGCCAGACGGAAAUGACGGAGGAAUUAAAAGUAUGAGGAUAGGUAGUGAAUGGCCCUAAAGGAUCCCAAGAGGUCCAGCAUAAGAAAAGCAUGUGAAUCUGAUUAUGAGCUGUGAUGGAGGAUUGGUGUUUUAGAUUGGAGUGCUGGUAGCAUGAACCUUUCUUUAAAAGAUCUGCAGCCUGAACAUGGCUAGCCAAUCCUGUGCACUUUAAUCUUUACAGAUGUUUUGUAAACUUAAUAUGUGGGGAACUCAUUGCCAAAAUGCAGGUGGUGCCAUUCAAAUAAUAAAUAAACCUUUGUAACAUUAACAAUACUGUGGUCCCAUUUUAUUGCUUUCAGUUGUACAUGAGCCAUGCCAUUUUAAAUUAUAAUAUUUUGUACAUUGGUAGCAGAGAUUUUCAUAUUCAGUCUAAUAUUCAUUAGUUGUUACCAAGGGAUAUGAUGUAUAUAUGGAUGCCCUUUACAAAGCAAUACAUGAAAUGACACAGUAGAAUACAUACCAAACCAAAAAGUACUACGAUGUAUUUGAGAUAGAAUCCUCUACAUUAAUAUGAAUGAGUUUGUUUUACAUGUGGGCUCUUUAUCAGAUAUGACUGAGCCUUCCCAUUGGCUCCAGACUCUACAACAUCACCCUACAACACUUCUGCAUUAGCAACUGUCAACUUAUUUGCAUAUCGCUCUGAAAGGAAAUAAAUUAUUCAUAUCUAUUACCAUUGGAGAGACCUGUCGCAACAAAAAUGUAAUUGGUUAACGAGGUUUGUCAUUAUAAAUGUCUGGUAAUGAGGAUUAAACCCCCUAAUUAACUUUCGAUCAAAUAAUUAAUUUAGGACAUAAACUACCCAUUUUGUUUCUUGUCAAGUGUUUACAAGUAAAUUGUAUGUUUAAUUGUUAAUUAAUAACAAGGCCUAAGUGUUUCAGAAGUAUUCAUUAAGACAUGGGGACAGUAAAGUGGGGGUUGGGUCUAAUGUUAUUUGAG